AUGAGGACCCUCACCCUGCUGGCCAGCCUGCUCCUCCUGGCCCUCCAUGGCAAGGCUGGGUCCCUGGGGGACACAGCUGACCCAGUGAUGGCGCCCAAGGACCAGCUCCCCACCCAGGCCCAGGCUGGAGCCAAGGACCAGGACGUGGCCAUCUCCUUUGAAAGGCCCUUUGCUCCAGCAGCUGCAGGCCCUGGCCAGAGAGUCACCUGCUACUGCAGGUCCCUUUUGUGCUACAGUUGGGAGACGGUCUCGGGGACCUGCACCCUCAGUGGCUACAGUUACGUACUUUGCUGCAGCUGA